AUGCUCGACUACACAGAGUGGUCCCCAGAUAGUUUCAAAAUCCUUUUUGAUAAAAUCCAACAGACAAUAAACUUAGCUACUGAUAAUGUUUUAAUGGAACUUAAUCCUCGUUUAAUUGAAUAUAAACCAUGGUUUCUUUUGUUAUUUGACGAUCCAAAACCGGACUUGCAAAAGGAAUAUGCAAUCAAGCAAGGAGAACCGGUGGUGAUAAAAGGUAAACCAUAUAGGUUUUCACGUACAGAAAUCUACGAAAUUAUCGAUAUUGCGCAUAGUCUCAAUAUCAGCGAGGAUUUUGCCGCUACAAUACAUCAACAUGCAAAGGAACUAAAGUCAAAAUAUAAUAAACCAGUCGCUGAAACGGCAAUUAAUCUUUACUAUGACGAAAAAACUUAUAUGUUGUUAAGUUUGUUAACUAUUUUCAGCAAAAUUUAUGAUGCAGAGGUCAAAGAAAAAGUCAGAGAUGUUUUCAAAACAUUUAUUUAUGGUUUAUUCAAGUCAUAUGAAAAUUUAAAUAAUGAUCUUUUAUAUGGUAUUAAACUUAUGAAAUCUAUUGAGACUUUAAGAUCUCAGAUGUUAGAUUUGGAAGGUCGAUAUCAACAACUUAUCAGCAAUAGAAAUUCUGUUAUAACUACAGAGCAAUUUCUUUAUUUAAAUGAAGGCGCUAUUCUACCAUCAGUUGAUGAGAAAGUGAUUUUACAAAGAAUGGCCUCAAUUACAACACAUCGAAAAUAUCUUGCAUAUAUUAUAUGGAAGAUGGCCUUUACUUACCUAUUUUCAACACAAGAAAUUUUGAAUUUAUGCAAAAUGCUUGAAAAUCUUGACCUUAAUGAUAAUGUCUAUCCUUAUUUAAUCGCUGCAUUAUUAGCUAUUAUUAAUACUUCAUCAGAACAUUUUCUCAAUGAUUUAUCUGCAAAAGAGAAAUUAGAAGAUUUAAUGAAAGAUGUAGAUUUUAUUAAUAAUUUUACUGAUAUUAUAAGUCGAGGCACGUGGAAAGUUAAUGCUGCUAAGGCAGCUAGUUUAAUAGAGUGGAGCAUAUUUAUAGGAGAUGCGAUAAAAAAAUAUUCUGGUUUAGAAGGAAGUUUGAAAGUUAAAUCAGAACAUUUAACAGAAAUGUUUCAUCGGGCUGUAACUAAUGACGCUUUCCAAUUUAUAACUCAUUACCUUCUUUCGUUUCAGAAAACUGAAACGGAAUCUAUUUAUAUAGAAAAUCUUCCAAAUGUUGAAAAUAUUUGGCAUAAAACAAAUAAUGGUGAAGUGUCUUUCUGUGGUAUCAUACUUAUACCUCCGGGAAAAACGCCAAAAACUAUCCUUGAACUUGAAAGGGAUUUUCAAAAUAAUCUUCGCAAACAGCUUGAGCAUUUUGUCUUCAAGUUAGUUGGUAAGAACAUGAGUUAUCUACAAAAGAUUAGAAGACAAGAAGAAGAUGCGAUUCAGUCCGCUUCUACAGAUCCUGUAACUCCUAUUACACAGAGAUCCUCAUCCACUCCUAAUUUGAAACAAAAAAAAACGUCAGAGUCGCGUCAUGAUAUAGGGGCUUUUUUUAUUUUGAUGGCGACUUUAUUUCGUAAUAUUCCUGAUGAAGGACUUAAAUGUUGGAUAGAAAUGAAAUCAUUGAUUAAUUGGGGAGCAAGUUUUCAAGAAACGGGAAUGAUGUGUGCUUAUUUGGAAAUGUUAAGUGCACUUGCUACUGGUAAAGAAUGUAGUAUACAUGCUUAUGAAUUUCUUUCACGCGCUUCAGAAAGCGGAGGAUGGUGUUCUUGGCAAACUUUAUUUAAAGCCAUGGAAAGCUAUAAUAACAGUAUGAUUGAUGAAAAAGUGGAAAUUCCUAAAGAAGAAGUGCAACUUUUAAUCUCUUUCUUACGCGUUUUCCGGCAAGUCGUUAAACACUGUGCUCAAGCACGACACGAGUUCAUUAAGCGUAGUAUUUUGAAGCUUCUUUUCAAUUUGGUGUCGCAGCAUAUACCAACUGAAUUAAAGGCCGAACUUUAUUAUGCUAUUGCUGCCUUCUGUGUUCCAGAUGAUAGUUUAUUUCUUGAAUAUACUUCAAAAGUCUGGACAAUAAUUGAGGAAGAACAAAUUGUUCCAACUGUACCAAAAAAUAUUAAAAUAGGAACAACUACGGUGAUGGAACAGUCGAAUUUUCAAACGCAUGAUAUGUCAGCUAUUAGGAAAGAAAUAGAGGAGAUAGAAUCUUCUAAAAAAAUUUUCUUUCAAACGCUGGCAUUUAUUAAGCUUAUUAGCACUUUGAUCUAUGUUCCUGAACAACUCAUUGCUUUACGAUGUGGAUUUCCAGUUCGUUCACUUACCAUACCUAACCAAUUAGGAUUGGGUUAUCGAAUUCCUGGAAUCACACCUUAUGUCAGUUUUAUAAUUGACGAUAUUUUCAUAAAAGCACCAACGAGAGAAUAUAUAUUUAACUCUCAAAAAUGGGAAAUAAUAGCAAGUUCCUUGGAAAUAAUUGAAAAAUGUUUGAUUUCUUUUGAUUUAACAGGGCAAUUAUUUGAAAAGCAUCAUUAUUUUAGAAUGAAUAAAGAGGAAGAUAUUACAUUCAAUGACGAAGACGUAGAAUAUUUAAAAAAUCACCCUGGAUAUAACAUCAUGAAAAGGCUGAUAACUAAUUCUCGACUCAUGGAAGUAAUUUUAGAAAUUAUAACUUCCGGAAAGAAUAUAUUGAUUGAUAAGUACGAAGCUUCUUCUGACAUCAUCGAGCCUCUUAUACGUUGUUUAAAAAUUCUAUGGGUUGCGCUGGAAAAGCAAGAUAGGUUUUUGAAAACCUUGGUUCCACUUGUUAAUGGCAGUAAUCCAGGAUAUCUUGAACACGCUUUUCUUUCAAAAAAAGAUAUUAUUAUAUCAAUUGCAUUAUUACUUGAUAGUGAAAAUGCUGAUGUCUGUUUUUACGCGGUUAAAAUAUUAGCUUGUCUUGCUAAGUCCACAAUAUUUAAUUCCAAAGAUAACCUUGGAACCAGUAGAGUUAAUAGAUUAUCGAGUAUAUUGGAGACUAGUCCAUUUGCAAAUGAGAUUCUUAAUAAUUUCGUAAAACGGUUAGAACUUAGGGGAGACGAUUAUUGGGAUUUUAGUGUCGACCAAAGAAACUUUGAACUUAUUCAAUUAUGUCUUAAACGUACGUCAAAACAUGACGAAGAAGAAUAUAGCGCAGAUCCAUUGUCAAAGGAAGAAAAUAUUUCACUUUCCACAGUUAGUUGUGCUAUAUUAGACUUAAUAUUGGAAAACCUUAGACCUGGUAAAAUACAACCCACUAUUUCACAUUUUCUUCUAGGUUAUGAUAUUCGUGGAUCAUUGCAAGUUCCAGUUAUCAAAUACGUGGCUGAUGAUUAUAGAGAGUCUUGUCUGCAUAAAAUAAUGGAAAUCCUUGGUCAUCCCAUUAAUAGGUUUACUGAAAAUAUCAAGAUUAAUAAUCAACUUAUAAAUUAUCCUUCACUAUCUGCACGUUGUUAUCAAAUACUCUACAGACUUUGUGUUGAUAACAACACUUCGGAUGCUACAUUGCUAUUUUUACGAAGUCAAAAAUUUAUUUCAAAUCAAUUUAGAAUAAUGCCUUUACAUAUUGUUCGACCUGAUUUGGAACCAAAAUGGGAUCUAGGAAUGAUAAUAAGACUUGACAAACAUACAGUUGAAAUCGAUUGGGUUAGCCUUUGUGCAAAUCUUGAUGAACGAACUUGGUUGAUGAAAUUGGUCUCAUUAGAAUUACGUAAAGCUCAAACUCGUAGCGGUAUCCAAAAUUUGCUGUCCUUAAUAUAUGGUUCUGAAGUUAUCAAAUCGAAGGAUAAUAAUUCAAUGGAUUUAGAUUUUAACGGUCCUUCAACUAUGAAAAUCCUUGAUAUAUUAAAUAUGUUGGAAUUUCAUUGGAAUGAUCCAUGGCGAAUGCAAGCUCCUCAACGACAAUAUUUUGGAAACUUUGAUAUUGAAACGUGGUUAUAUCGUAAUGAGAGAGGGAUAGAAUUAUAUCGCUUGCAAGAUAUCUUCUCUGAAUUAUAUCGAAUAUAUGAAUAUUUCCACAAGAGAGGAACACAAGGAGUUAUAUUUGAUGAUAAAAGUUUACGAAAUGAAAUGAAACAGAUCAUAAAGUUUUGUUUUUUCCACAAUCGUAAUCGCGAAUUUGUUUUUGCAAGGAAUGAAUGCUUUAAAGCUUGGAGAGAAGUUAUUGAAAUGACAGUUAAUAAUAAACAUUUCGAUCUAUUGAGAGUAGAAGUUCGGGAAUCUAAAUUUCAUUAUAUUCUAACGGGAUUAUUAACAGUUAUGAAGAACGAGAACGAUAUCAUUGCGGGAGUCCUUAGUAAGGUUGUUCUCGCCAUCAUCACCGCAUUGCGCUUAGAUCGCAGACAACAAUCGGUUUUAUAUCUGGCAAACCUUUCGAAGGUUCCAUUUGAACGACUUUACUCUAUAUUUAAAUUGAUCCUUGAUUGUCUCAUUGGGCCAGGAUUUCCACCAGAAGUUCGCAACAGCAUAUAUUGUAUAAUGUUUAGUUACUUGCAUUAUAUUGAUUCUGAUCCAGAUUUUAUGAUUGGAUCGAAUGAAUUUGCACGAAUGCUAUCUCCUGGAAAUUCAACGCCUAAAGCAGGACUAUUAUCACAAAAUAUAUCAGGAUCUUCUCCAAGAAGUCACAUGUCUUCAUUUUUAACUGUUUCAACUCGAGGUGGUGCUAGGUCUGCACUUGAUGGUGGUAAUCUUGAAGUGCUUCAUAGUAGUGGUGAUCGUAUACUCGAAAUUAUACGCUUAGACGCAUCUGAAGGGCCUGUAGAAGGAAAACUUUGUGCUUUGAAUAUUCUAACUGCUUUAUGUAGUUUGGGAAAGCGUGAGAAAAGUAAUUUCAUCAUUGAUUAUAUUAUACGCUCUCAUUUUCUGGGCGCCAUGGUAAAGAGUUUAAAAAGUCAAAAUGAACUAUUAUUAAAGGCAAUAAAAUCAAGGCCUGAACAAUCUGCUUUGCAAGCAAAAUAUAUAUUUGAAUCUAGAGCAGUAUUGUUGAUUCGCCUAGCACAACGUCGUGAUUGCGCUCUUAAAUUGAUGGAAUCUGGAGUUUUUGAAUAUCUAGGCGAAUUAGCAUUUUUAGAUGAACGACCAAAAUUUAAUAAAACAAUGCAAGGUUUGAUGUUAGAAAUAUUGACUGACAUUGCCCCAGUUGAUUUAUUAGCUUCUCCAAAUAUGGAGGUCAAAGAAAAUGCGAUGUUGAGUAUUGGAGUUGUGCAUGAAAUGUCUCGCAUAUUUUAUUUCUUGGGUGUUAAGUUAGAAGCUAUUGACAAACGUCGAGAAACUCAUCAACGGACGUUCCAAGAAAUUCUAAAAGAAUUAAUGAUACAAUUCUUUCCAGUGCGGAAGCGUUUAGUACCGAUGACAACAGGAAAAGUAUCUGAUAAAGAAUCCGCGCAAGAACAAAUUGAAAAUAUUAAUCGAAACCUUUUAGGGUGGUACCAGAUAAUGACUGCGAGUACAAAAGGCGUUCAAGACUUUAGACCGAUCUUUACACCAAUUCUUGAUUACGCCAAAAGACCCGAUAAUGAUUACCGUGGUGAUCUCAAAAAACCGGAGCUCUCAAUAUGCGUAAAUUAUGCUCGCACUUCUACAGAUAUUUUGUUUCAUCACGUACAGAAUUCCGGGAGAAUAUUUUCUAAACUUGAAAAGGGAGAUAAUGUUGAAGAGAUUCGUAAUGAAGAAAUUGAUAAUUUACAAGAACAACUUAAUAAAACUUCAAAGUGUAUUACACAACAUUCAUAUGACGUUGAAAUCUCAUUACUUUUAAUAUGGCGGCAUCUUGAUCAUUAUAUCUCUAGUUCACGACCAAAUUCGAAUGUUAAUAAUCAAGGUAAAUCAGCUUUACAAAAAGACGCGAAAUUGGUUUUAACAGACAUAUUGGAGAAAUUGGAAUCUCUUGAGAAGUAUACGAUCGCAAAAUACAAGACAAGAAACGAAUAUAUACAAAUGAUACUUCGUAAAAUAAAAUAG